AUGACACGACCCAGAGGCUCCUCAGCGGGCAGCGAGGAGAGUGCUGGAGCAGCCAGGGAGCAGGAACUGGGAAGCAUGUACGACUAUCUGGCCAAGAUUAUCCUCCUGGGGCCAAGCGGGUCGGGAAAGUCUUGUCUACUACAUCGGUUCGUAAAGAAUGAGUGGCGAGUAUUGUCGUCGCAAACUAUAGGCGUGGAAUUUGCGAGCAAGAUUAUCAAAGUCGGCACCGGCGCCAGGCGCAAAAGAAUAAAGCUACAGCUCUGGGAUACAGCUGGCACAGAACGAUUUCGAUCUGUUUCUCGAUCCUACUACCGAGGUGCCGCGGGCGCCAUCCUCGUUUACGACAUAACAUCACAUGCUUCUUUCCGCGGACUACAACCUUUUCUCAACGACGCGCGAGCUUUGGCGUCGCCGAACUUGAGUUUGCUACUUGUCGGUAACAAGCUCGACCUCGCCAACGAAUCUCUCGUCGACACGUCCAUGCCACCACCCACGCCAAGCAGCGUGAGCUCUAAUUCGACAAUCACGGCGGGCGGCUUCGCAAGCUCAUACUCGACGACAAACACGCAAACGACAACGAGAGGCAAAGACUAUUCCGGGUCUUUGAACGCCAGCUCUGUGCAAAAAGCCACAUGCGCACCGGAAGGCCGUGAGAUUUCGAGCUCGGAAGCCACGAGAUGGGCUAGCACACAAGGCAUUUCUGUGGUGACAGAGGCCAGUGCUUUGAACGGAGAAGGGGUCGACGAGAUUUUUGCCAGGCUGGCUCGCAUCAUCCUGACCAAGAUUGAGCUUGGCGAUAUCAAUCCGGACGACCCAAUGAGCGGUAUCCAAUACGGCGAUGGCGGCGCUUGGAACAACGCAAGUGAUGGCGGCAGCAUCAAGAGCACCAUGACGGGUGCCACUGUUGAUGACGGCGGUCUUCCCGGGCUUCGUAGGAGACGCAAGGGCAAGAAUCGCAAUCAGAAUUGGGGCGGACUACUGUCAGUUCCUCCCCCAGAGUUCCAAACAGCAGUGUUGCAACGCUGCGGCGUUGACUGGGCUAUGUUGUCCCUGGUACCUCUAGCGCUUCUCGCACCUACAAGCUACCUGCAAGCUACCUGCACGCAACCUCCUGCCCCUCUAAACCGACCCGACGUCGAGGUCGCCUGUCAGCUUUCUAUUCUUUCAGCAACCUAUGGCCUAUUCAACAACCUCGCCUUGAUAUUCGUCCAGCGUCGUCAUCUCAAGAGCGCUGCCCAGCCUAGCCUCGUACGUCUCAGCCGUUUUGCUGGCGAUGCCCUUGCCAUCAUGGCCCCACGUACCGUCAUCCCGAUCGACAAGAACUGGCAGUUCAAGCAGGUCGAUAAGCAAGGCGGCGACGGGUAUCGCGCCGUGUCCCAGUUCCCGACCAACGUCCAUCUGGAUCUCAUGCAUCACAACCUCAUCCCGGAUCCCUUCAUUGGCAAGAAUGAAAACGACGUCCAGUGGGUCGGCGAGGCGCAGUGGGCGUAUAAGACGACAUUUGCCAGCCCAGAGGUCAGCACUGGCGCCAAGGCCAUCCUAGCAUUCGACGGUCUAGACACUUUUGCGACGGUGAAUUUAAAUGGCAGAGUCAUUCUCGAGACCGACAGCAUGUUUAUUCCGGAACGUGUCGACGUUACAGCUCACCUGUCCCACGCCCGCGACAACGAGCUCGUCAUUACCUUUGACAGUGCCUAUCUGCGUGGCUGCAAAAGGGUCGAGCAGCACCCCAAACACGUCUGGAGCUUGUGGAAUGGAGACAGCUCUCGUUUGGCAGUCAGAAAAGCUCAAUAUCACUGGGGCUGGGAUUGGGGCCCUACUCUUCUCACCUGUGGUCCCUGGAGACCUGUAAAUCUCGAGGUUUACCAGUCUAGGCUGACUGAUCUAUAUACAAGCAUUGAAGUUGAUGAAUCUCUCAAACGUGCCAAGGUCAUCGCGCAUGCAGCAACAGAGGGGGAUGGCGCGACGCAUGUCCGCGUUGAUGUGUCACUCGACGGCAAAGAUGUUGCUUCUGAAACAAUUCCCUCUACUGAUAUUGCAUCGGUCACUUUUCACAUCAGUAACCCCGAACUAUGGUAUCCUAUUCGUUAUGGCAAGCAGCCACUCUACACCAUCAAGGCCACAUUGCUUGCCGAUGGCAAUGCGAUUGAUACCGUGUCCAAAAAGAUUGGUCUGCGCCGUGCUCGUCUUGUCCAGCAUGAACUCAAAGACAAACCUGGCACCAGCUUCUUCUUUGAAAUCAAUAAUAUUGCAAUUUUCUGUGGAGGCAGCAAUUGGAUCCCUGCCGACAACUUUAUUCCUCGCAUUUCACCCAAGAGGUAUCGCGACUGGGUCAAACUAGUCGCCGAUGGCAAUCAAUUCAUGAUUCGCGUUUGGGGCGGUGGUCUCUACGAAGAUGCAGCAUUUUACGACGCCUGCGAUGAGCUAGGUGUACUUGUUUGGCACGACUUUAUGUUUGGCUGCGGUAAUUACCCCGUCUGGCCAGAGCUCUUGGAAUCCAUUGAUCGGGAAGCCAGAGUCAACGUUACCAGGCUACGUCAUCACCCUUCCAUUGUCAUAUGGGCGGGUAACAAUGAGGACUACCAACUCGCCGAGCAGGAAAAGCUCGAGUACGAUCCCAAAGAUAUGAAUCAAGACAAUUGGCUCAAGUCAAACUUUCCGGCCCGUUAUAUCUACGAGAAAGUACUUGCAGACGUGUGCAAGGAUCUUAUCCCAGAUGUGCCCUACCACUACGGCAGUCCUUGGGGUGGCAAGGACACCACUGAUCCCACGGUUGGGGAUAUUCACCAAUGGAAUGUGUGGCAUGGUUCACAGGAAAAAUACCAAAAUUUUGACAAGCUGGUUGGCCGCUUCGUUUCAGAGUUUGGCAUGGAAGCAUUCCCAUCCGUCAAAACCAUUGACGCCUACUUGCCACAGGGCAAGAAUGAUCCGGAUCGCUACCCUCAGUCAUCCACCAUUGACUUUCACAACAAGGCCGCUGGCCAUGAGCGUAGGCUGGCCCUUUAUCUGGUAGAGAAUAUGCGAUAUGGCCCGGAUCCCCUCGAGCAAUACGUGUACUCCACUCAGCUCAUGCAGGCGGAAUGUCUGGCCUCUGCGUAUCGUUUGUGGAAGCGCGAGUGGAAAGGUCCCGGUCGCGAAUACUGUGGUGGCGCCCUGGUCUGGCAGAUCAACGAUUGCUGGCCGGUUACCUCGUGGUCCAUCUGCGAUUACCAUCUCCGCCCCAAACACGCCUACUACACGGUCAAGAGAGAGAUGGCCCCCAUAUCUAUUGGCAUGACCCGGCGUGAGCAUCGUCAUGCAAAGGACAAAUAUACACGAGUUCACAUUGACACCAAGAUUGAGAUUGAGAUUUGGGGCUCCAACCUAAUGCUGGAAGACUUGACUGUCGACUGCGUGGUCAAGGCUUGGGAUGUCGAGACUGGUGAGGAGACUUUUUCAAAGGCCGUCGCCAAAGCCAUGGUGCUCCCCUCGAAUCGCUCCACCGAAAUCUACGCAAUGGAGGUUCCCGUCAGCAAGCGAAACGCUGGUCUUGAGAGCCGCACAGUCGUGGCGUCGUACCUGGUCCGGGAUGGCAAACAGGUUGCCCGCUACGUCAACUGGCCCGAGCCCCUCAAGUAUCUGCACCUGCAAAAGCCCAAGCAUCUCACGGCAGAGCUCUCGUCGGAUGGCACGUCUGUCGCGCUCAAGGCCGAGGUGCCGGUCAAGGGCGUCGCGGUGGAAUGUGAAGAGGACGGCGUCACGUUUGACGACAACCUGGUCGACAUUGUACCUGGCGAGGUUGUCCACAUUGGCGUCAAUGGCGCAUCACAAAGCACACUUAUCACUACUCGUUACCUAAACAUGUUGAGCUAG